AUGUCGGCCCUGCCGGUCCGGGAGGCCGGCGGCUCUGACUCUGAAAUGGAGGGGCGACAAGGGUUCCGCGUCGGCGCGCCGCGGCCGGAGAUGCCACCGUGGGGAGCCCCGCCGGCGGCCCACCUGGUGGAGGUCCCCGGAGCAGCAGCAGCAGAUGCUCCAACUGGGGGACCCGGCCCCCAGCCAGUGCCGGAGUCCUCGGCGUCAGCCCCAACAGGCCCUCUGCCGGGGUCAGCACCAGGAGUCUCCAGUCCCAGGGGUCCGGAGGCUGAGGCCACCACACCGCCACAACCCAAAGCCGCCCCCCAAGAGGAGGGGGCCGCCAGUCCCACUGCGGCGACCGCGACAACGGCAGCAGUACCAAGCGCCGAGGCUGGGCCCCCUCCAGCUGAGCCAGCAACAGAGGGGGCCGCCGCCACAGCGGAGGCAGCAGUGCCGGAGGCUGCGGAGCCGGAGGUAGCGGCACCGGAGGCUGCUGAGGCCGCCAGCACCGCCAGCACCGCCGCACCACCGACGGAGGAGGAGGAACUGGAGUGGGAGAAGCUGGAGGCGGAGGACCUCCGGCUCUCUGACUGGGAGCACCACCUAGGGGACCGCAUCAAGCCCGCCACCGCCCGCCACGCCGACGAGCGCGCCAAGCUCCUGUUGGAGCGCGAGCUCCUGCAAGAACAACUGCAAGAGGCUCGCGAUCGGGAGGCGGCAGCGCGCCAAUGGGAAGUGGAAGCCCUUAAGCGGCACAUCGCGGCGGAGGAGAGGAUGCAGGCGGCAACGGAUAGGGAGCGGACCGCCCUGGAGCUGGCCGACCAGGUCAGGAAGGCGUUGGCAGCGGUCGAGGCGCAUGAGGCCUCUGUCGCCGCGCUGGUGGCAGCCGCGGCGAAGAAAGAAGAGAGGCUGGCCGCCCGCGAAGCGGAGGAGAUGGCCCGGCUCCAAGAGCUCCAGAAGCGGGAAGAGGAGCGGGAGGCGGCCCUCCGGGCGAGGGAGGCCAAAGUGGAGGAGAUCCUGGCGGAGCGAAGCGCCAGCGUCGGCCGAAUCGCAAGAUGGGUGGGCGUUGUGAACCCUCUGCUGGAAGCGCUCGGUGCCAACCCCAUCCGGGUGUCAGAGGCUCCUUCGCCACUUGGCACCGCCCUCCAGGUUCUGGACUCCACCGCCGCGCGGCUGCGGGACGUGGAGGCCGGCAUACAGGACCUCCUGGAGACAGAAGGGCGAGAAGUUGCCCGGGGAACAGCAGAGUACAUCCUCACCAGCUUCCGGAGCCACGACCCCGCUAUCCAACUGACUCCAGUCUUGGUCGGACCCCUCCGGACAACAGCGGCCGCCGCGCGAGAAGGGGUCCUGGAGAUAGUGGACAUGGUCGCGGCCCGCCUCCGGCGUCGUCCCGAACCUGCAGAAAGUGGGAGUACCUCCGGAGCACCAGAGCAGUAG